AUGGCUUUGAAUACAUUCCUUGUAGCUCUCACAUUUCUCUCCUCGGCUCGCAUCUUCUCUCUUGUGGAAGCUGCCGACCCCGAUCCACUCCAGGACUUUUGCAUCCCCAGCAACACCUUGAUCGAAGGCUCUCCCUGCAAGCCAUACUCCCAAGUCACCUCCAAAGACUUCUACUCGAGCCUCCUCCGCACCAACACCGAUACUACAAACACCCUCAACCCUCUCUUCAACUUCUCGCAAGCCAUCGUCACCACUUUCCCGGCUCUCAACACCAUGGGACUGUCCAUGGCGCGGAUCUAUCUCGGGCCCAAGGGUGUUGCCAGGACUCAUACUCAUCCCCGGGCGAGCGAGCUUGUUUACGUCGAGAAGGGUGUUGUGGAGGCUGGCUUCGUGGACACGAACAACAAGCUUUUUGCCCACAAGAUGCGUGCCAGUGAUCUGUUCGUGAUCCCGCGAGGCGUGCUUCACUACGUGGUGAAUGUUGGACGAGAGCAGGCAAUUGUUUUGGCUGUGCUCAACAGCCAGAAUCCUUCUUUCCAGAUACCAUCGUUUGCAUUGUUUGGACCAAAGUUGCCAUAUGAAGUCCUGGAAGCGUCAUUCAGUCUCAACAGGACCACUAUUGAUGCACUGCACGAGAUCUACAAGAAUGUAAUCGCUUGA